AGUCGCCUCACUCUGUCCUGGUUAUCAAUAUCAAUCAAUAUCUAGCCUCCAUGCACCGCGGCUUCUUCUCCUCUCACUUAUUCUUUUUUUGUCUCUCUGAAGGGGAAAGCUAGGAUAGUACAGAAAAAAGCACAUGGCAGCUUCCAUUUUACCCUACUCAACUUCAACCACAACCCGAGAACCAUGUUUCAGACUGGAUUUUAGUAAUGGCUUUUCAGCUAGCAGCAGCGUUGUCUCUCUUCAUUUUCUCCGUCCACAUACUCGGAGGACUAAUGCCGUGGUCAAGGUCUCUGCUAGCAUUAGGAAAGACAAUGGAAAUGCUGCCCCUGUUACCCGCUCAGUGUCUGCUUUUUCUCCCCCCAAGCUGCUAUGGCACACGAUAUCGGUUUUCGUUGGCGAUGAAAGUGGAAUAAUAAACAGGAUUGCGGGCGUUUUUGCUAGAAGGGGUUACAACAUCGAGUCCCUUGCAGUUGGUUUGAACAAGGAUAAGGCUCUCUUUACCAUAGUUGUCCGUGGAACUGAUAACGUUCUGCAGCAAGUAGUAGAACAACUUAACAAGCUUGUGAAUGUCAUAAAGGUGGAAGAUAUCUCUAGGGAACCACAAGUAGAACGUGAACUGAUGCUUAUAAAACUUAAUGUGGAUCCAAGUACACGUCCUGAGAUCAUGUGGUUGGUGGACAUCUUUAGAGCAAAAGUUGUUGAUAUCUCAGAGCAUACACUGACUAUUGAGAUCACUGGAGACCCUGGAAAGACGUCUGCUGUUUUAAGGAACUUAAGCAAGUUCAGAAUAAAAGAACUCAGUAGAACUGGGAAGAUUGCUGUAAGACGGGAAAGGAUGGGUGAGACGGCUCCAUUUUGGAGAUUUUCUGCAGCUGCUUAUCCUGACCUUGACAAGGCACAGCCUAAUGAUGUCUUAUCCAGUAACCCCACAAAUAGUUUUACAUGGAAUUCAAAUGGAUCAAUUAAUGGCAGCAUGAUUUCAUCCUCAAAGGGUGAUGUAUAUCCUGUGGAGCCUUACAAUGAUGACUCAGUCAAUCAAGUUCUUGAUGCUCAUUGGGGUGUUAUCUAUGAUGAUGAUUCAAGUGGACUUCGGUCACACACAUUAUCUAUGCUCGUGAAUGACUCUCCUGGUGUUCUCAACAUGGUUACUGGGGUCAUAUCACGAAGAGGUUAUAACAUUCAGAGUCUUGCUGUGGGUCCGGCUGAAAGAGAACGACUUUCCCGCAUUACGACUGUCAUUCCUGGAACUGAUGAGUCAAUUGGCAAGUUGGUUCUCCAUCUUCACAAGUUGAUAGAUAUGCAUGAGGUACGUGAUAUUACACACUUGCCAUUUGCGGAACGAGAAUUGAUGCUGAUAAAGAUAGCUGUGAACACUGCUGCUAGGAGAGAUGUCCUUGAUAUUGCUAGCAUAUUUCGGGCCAAAGCUGUUGAUGUUUCUGAUCACACUAUUACCCUCGAGCUUACUGGUGAUUUAAACAAGAUGGCUGCCCUGCAGAGAUUAUUGGAACCAUAUGGGAUUUGUGAGGUGGCACGGACUGGAAGGGUUGCAUUGGUGCGGGAAUCAGGCGUGGAUUCAACGUACCUCCGUGGAUAUCCUCUUCCAUUAUGAUAUUGAGAUCCUUAGUAGUUUCUUUCUACUUAUUCCUUAGAUGGGAAAGAGAAAGAAACAAUGUUUUAGUUGCCACGUUGCUGUUAUGCAUCUUGAAUAUGAUAUAUAUGCAUGUCAAAGACUCAUAUAGAGAUGUUGUUUUAACUUGAGGAAAAUGGAAGUGUUGUUUAUGUACCUUGAGGUGAAAAAAGAAAGAUAGACAGUGAUCUUGUACUAGGGAAACAGGAAGAAGGUUUCUACUAUCAACAGUUUCAGAUUAGGUACGUAUUUUCUGUCUGGGAAUUGUACUACAAGAUUGUGUACUCGACUAUAUGGUGCUGUGGCUUGAGUUUUCCAUAGGAAAGCCCAAUAAUUGUGGAACGGAGAAAAGGCAGUUAUUGCAAACUAGCGAAAUUUGCGUAAAAGGUCUUGCAGAAUAUAUGCAAGUAGGCGUUUCAAUCAAUAGAAAAGCGAACACAGGAGCUUCAAAUGUUACUACUAAAUCACGGACAAUCCUAAACGCUAUACUGCAGCAUCAAGAAGUUAUCUUCAUCUGCUGUAUUAUAUUAGCAUCAUAAUCUCUGCGUUCCUUUCUUUGAGCCUCCUUUACACAUUGAGCAGCAAUACAUUCAUCAGGAGAAUCAGCCUCACGGUUUCGGAUGGCAGCAUCAUUUCAUCUUCUGUUGUGAAGUGAUAUCUUUCCCUAACAUAUCUUGAUUAAUUGAGUUGUUAAUUUUGAUUGUAUGCUUUAUAUUAAUUAAACUUGGACAUUCAGUUUCUCAAACAACACGAGGGUGAUAUUAGUUUAAUUAUAAAUAGAAAUUUGAUGCUGGUGGGAUGGUACUCUUUCCCAUUAUUUUA